GACAUCUGUAUUGUCAAUGUUGUUGGGGGGCAGCAGGCUAAUACAGGACUAGCGUAAUGGAGCCGUGAGGCAUUUUGUUCGUGCUUAGAACGACACAUCUUUACCUGUCGUUUUUUUUGUUUUUUAUUAAAAAAAAUAUAUAUAUACGUGAAUAAUAAAAAGGAUAAUAAAUAAAUAAAAUUAAAUUAAAAUACAGUUUAAUAAAUAAUUAUCAAGUUUAUUAUAAUAAUGAUUAAUGUUAUGAGAAAAAAAUUAAUUUAUAUACUCAACUAUCAAAUGAUGCUGUUACAAUGUUUAUAAAUUAAUCAAAUGGGUUAAAAAUAUCAUUGUGAAUGUGAGUGUUUUAUAUAUACACAUAAUAAAUACAUACAAAGUUUAUUAUCAGUGUUUUAAUAGUGAAAUAAAUGACAAUACAAAUGUUUACAACAUCAUACAGGAUUAAUUUAUACAGCUGAGUGCGGGCCAAUACCCAAAUAAUUAACAUCAACAAUAUUUGGAUAAAUUUUUAAUUGGAUAAAUAAUAAUUAUAUUUAUGUGAUGUAAUUAUAUGAGAAUAUAUGUCGAGAUAUAUAACACAUACGACAAGUGUUAUUGUUGCCGUUUUACAUGACGGUAAAUUGUGUACAGAUGCUGUUUAAGGAUUAUCAUCAAUCAAUGUUUUGAGGAUAAUUUUUUUAAUGGGUUGAAUUAUAAUUAAAUACAUGGAUAACUAUGUAGAUGUUCAUGAUAAAUCAGUGUGUGCCACAAACAAUUUAUUAAGUGUAGAAAUAAUAAAAUAAUAAAAAAAUAAAUUUAAAAAAGUGGUAAUAGAAAUAAAAAAAAAACAAAAAAUAUCAUAAUAUUAUUGAUAUUUUUAGUAAUGGCACAACGUAAUAAACGAACAAAUAAAAAUGACAAUGAUACGUCAAAUUGUCCAGGUUCGAUUAAAAGACGUAAAUGUAGAUUGGGACCAACGGCAACGGGUUUAUCAGUUGGUUCGUCUGCCUUGGGACCAUCUGAGGAGGAAGAAACAAUGGCAUCAUCAAGUCAAAUUGGUGGUGGUGCAUCAUGGACACCACGUCCAAUAAGUGAUAUUAAAAUAUCAAGUAUUUAUAAUCGUUCAGCAGCUGAAGCACCAGCUGAAUUAUUUCGUAAAGAUUUAAUAAGUGCAAUGAAAUUACCAGACAGUGAACCAUUAAGUUCAAAUGAAUAUUGGGUUAUAACUGAUCAAUGGAAACAAGAAUGGGAACGUGGUGUACAAGUACCAGUUAAUCCUGAUUCAUUACCAGAACCAAUGGUUGUUGUUAAUCAAACAUCAUCAUUAAAUAAAUGUCAUGGUGAUUUUAAAUUACCUAAAAAAUUUAUAAGAAUAUCAAGAGAUGAUUAUUUUAAUUCUGAUGAACAUUAUUUAAGUACAACACCAGCAAGAGCUGAAAAAUCUUGUGCCUAUGAUCUUGAUGAUACUGAUAUUGCAUGGCUUGAUGUUUUAAAUGGUGAAAGAGCACAGGCUGGACAAUCACCAGUAUCAGAGCCACAAUUAGAACGUGUUAUUGAAGAACUUGAAAUACGUUGUUGGGAACAUAUACAAACAAUUGUUAAAAAUGAAGAAGGUCUUGGUAUUGAAUAUGAUGAAAAUGUAAUAUGUGAUGUAUGUCGUUCACCAGAUUCAGAAGAAGGAAAUGAAAUGGUUUUUUGUGAUUGUUGUAAUAUAUGUGUACAUCAAGCAUGUUAUGGUAUAACAUCAAUACCAGAAGGUAGCUGGUUAUGUAGAACAUGUACAUUAAGUCAACGUCCAGAUUGUGUAUUAUGUCCAAAUAAAGGUGGUGCAAUGAAAUGUACACGUUCAGGACAAAAAUGGGCUCAUGUAUCAUGUGCAUUAUGGAUACCAGAAGUAUCAAUUGGUUAUGUUGAACGUAUGGAACCAAUAACAAAAAUAUCAAGUAUACCACAAUCAAGAUGGGCAUUAAUAUGUGUAUUAUGUCGUGAAAGAGUUGGUGCAUGUAUACAAUGUAGUAUUAAAACAUGUAAAACAGCAUAUCAUGUAACAUGUGCAUUUAAACAUGGAUUAGAAAUGAAAGCAAUAAUUGAAGAUGAAAAAGCUGAUGAUGGUGUUAAAUUACGUUCAUAUUGUGUUAAACAUAGUCGUAUUAAUACUAAAGAUAAAAUUGGAGUUGGUGGUAAUGGUCCUGGUGGUGGUAGUGUUAAUAGUAAUAGUGGUGGUGGUGGUGGUGUAAGUGGUAGUGCUAAUAGUGCUGGUAAUUGUCCAGGUAAUAUAAGUAGUACAAGUAGUACAACAAGUAGUAGUAGUAGUAGUGGCGGUGGUGGUGGUGGUUUGUCAAAUGUUACUGGUGAUAAAAUAAUAACAGAUAAUGAUGAUGUUGAUUCAAGACGUCGUAAACGUAAAGAUAUGACAUCUGAAGAAAAAAAUCAAGCACGUGCUGCAAAAUUACAAGAAAUUGAAGCCGAAUUUGAUAAACAUGUUACUCUUAAAGAUAUUAUUAAUCAACAAUUUGAUGUUGAUAAUGAUUGUGUUGUUUAUAUAUAUAAUUAUUGGAAAUUAAAACGUAGAUCUGGUUUUAAUAAGCCAUUAUUAUCACAACGUUGUGGUGAAUUAAGUGGUAUUGGUAUACGUGCUAAAGGACAAGCUGCUGAUUUAGAAAAAAUGAAAACAUUUGUACAAUUAAGACAGGAUCUUGAAAGAGUUAGAAAUUUAUGUUAUAUGGUUGGUAGAAGAGAAAAAUUAUGUCGUACAUUUUUACGUCAUCGUGAAUUAACAUUUCAUAAUCAAGUUAUUGUAUUAAAUGAAGAAACAUUAACACCAACAAUUGAAGCUGCUGUUAUUGAAGCAAAUCAUGGUCCAUCAAUAUAUGAUCGUUUAUAUUCACAUAAUAAUGCAAUUGAUCAUACAAAUGAUUUUGAUUCAAUAAUAUCACUUAUUGAAGGUACUGAAUUAUCAUCAACAAUUAAAAAUAAUAAUGAUAAUAAUAAAUUAUUAACAAAUAAAAAAUCAACAAAUGAUUUAAAUGGUAUGAAAAAUAAAAAAUUAUAUUUUAAUGGUAAUAUUAGAAGUAAAAGUAUAUGUGGUAGUGAAUUUUCAUCAUUUAGUGGUUCUGAAACUGAUACAGCUAAACCAACAAUUAAAACACCAACAACUAAAAAUAAACAAAAUAUUAAAAAUAAAAAUACCAUUAAAAUUGAUACUGAAUCAAGUACAGAGGAUGAAAUUAAUAUUAAAAAUAAUUCAUCAUCAUCUCGAAAUAAUAAUAAUAAUAGUAAUAGUAGUAAUAAUAAUAAUAGUAAUAAUAAUAACAAUAAUAAUAAUAGUAAAACAAUAUCAGCAUUAAUAACACCACCACCUUCAACAAUAACAACAACAACGACAAAAGGUACUAGAAGAAAAAUAAAGAAAACAAGUGCACCAGAUAGACCGAAACAAAAAAUUAGUGUAAAUACAAGUGAUGAUGAAGAUGACGAUGACAACGAUAAUGAUGCUGAGGCUGAUGAAAAUGAUGAUGGUGAUGAUGGUGAUGAUGACGACGAUGAUGAUGAAGAUAAUAAUAAAAAUAAUAGCUCUAAAAAUAUAAAAUCAAAAAAAUCACUUCAUCAUAUAGAAAAUUUACUUGCCAGUGGAUCUGGUAGUGCUACAGAUAGUGAUGAAGUAUUAACAUUAAAUACAACAAAUAAAAUUGGUGCAAUUAUUAAAUCAGUUAAUGCAAUUUAUUCUGAUUCAUCUGAUAGUGAUUCACAUGAUGAUUCUAAAUCACAAACCAUUCCAUUAAUAACAAAAGCUGCUGUUAAACAAUUUACUGAAUUAUCUAAAAAUUUAAAUAAAAAUACAAAUAAAGAUACAGCAAUAUCAACGUCAACAACAUCAUCAUCAGCCACUGCAACAACAACGACAACAGCAACAACAACAACGACGACGACGACGUCAACAACAACAACAACAACAUCAUCAUCUACAUCAAUAUCAACACCGAAAAAUACAUCAAAAGAACCAGAAAUAAGUAAUAAAGAAAAUGUUAAAAAUAAGAAAAAAGAUAAAGAAUAUAUACCAUCAGCAUUAAUUGUACCACAAAGACAAGCUGCUAAAAAAGCAUCUGAAAGUAUAAUGCAAAGAUCACAAAAUAAAAAAGAUACAAAUAUAAUAAAUGAACAACAAAUUGAACCAAUUAAAUCACCAAUUGAUGAAAAAGAAAUUAAACAAAAUAAAACAAAAGAAAAAACAAUAACAACAUCAUCAUCUAAAAAACAUCAAAAAGAUACAAAACAUCAUAAAGAUUCAAAAAAUAAUGAUAUUUAUGAUUUUGAAAAAGAAUUUGGUGAUGCAUCAGAAAUAUUAGCAUAUGUACCACAAAGACAAGCUGCUAAAAAAGCUGCUGAACAUAUUAAAAGUGGUCUUGGUAGUAAAGCUGCACAACAACAACAGCAACAACAACAACAACAACAAGAUAUUGAAUCAAUUGAUAAUAAAAAUAAUAAAAAAGAUUCACCAGAUGUUAAAAGCCGUAAAGAUAAUAAAGAACAUAAAAAAGAUGAUAAUAAUACAAAGAAAAAAUUAACAUCUAAAAAUUCAACAAGUACAAAUAGUGAUACAAGUACAAGUAGUUCUUGUAGUAGUUCAUCUGAAUCAAGUAGUGAUAGUGAUGAUGCUAAAAGUACUGUUGAACAAAUAACACCAAAAAAGAAAGAACAAGAUAAACAGCAACAACAACAACAACAACAGAAAAAAGAAUUAUUAUCAUCAACGUCAUCAUCAGAAUGUGAAAGCCCAGUUAAAAAUACUAAAAAAAUAAAUAAAAGAGGUGGUGGUGGUGGUGGUAGAAAAUCAACAACAAGUGAUGAGACUGUAACAAGUCUUGAUAAAAAGAUGGCUGUAAUUGGGAGGAAAGUUAAAAAGUUGCCUGACAAGAAGCUUAAAACUUCCGAAGGGCGGCUUGGACUGGACUCCCCAUCGCCGCCAUCUAAGAGAAAAGAAUCAUCAUCAUCAUCUUCAUCAUCAUCAUCGUCAUCAUCAUCCUCUUCCUCAUCCUCAUCAUCAUCCUCAUCAUCAGGAUCUUCAUCAUCAUCAUCCUCCUCAUCAUCCUCAUCCUCAUCAAGUAGAAGACGUAACAAAAAUUAUACAAAAACAAAACAAAAACAACAACAAAAACAAUCAAUUGACAAAACAACAGGAACAAAAAUUGUUGAAAAAUCAAAUGUGCCAAGUUGUAUUAACGAAAAUUUGCUCAGUAGGAUUAGAGAUAAUGAUGGGACACGAAAUACAGUUGGGUCCAAAACAAACAAAAAACAAUUGUCACAAUCAACAAAAUCAACAAAUAAACAAUCAACAAAUAAUAACAAAAAAGAGGAAGAACGAAGUAAUACAGUACGAGCUAAAAAAUCCAGUUGUGAAAUUAGAAAGAGAAAAUCUAGUGAAUAUAUCCAGCAGCAGCAGCAAGACGAACAACAGCAGCAACAACAACAACAGCAGCAACAGCAACAAAAAGAUGAAAGUAAGUCUGGAAAGAAUGUGUCUCAGACCAAGAGGAAUGCUGAGAAGCGGAUAGAUAAAACAACUGAUAAAAAGCUAGAUGAUAAUGAUGAUAAUAAUGAAAAUGAUAAAACAAUAAAAAUAAAAAAUAAAACAAAUGAUGAUUCAAAUGAAAAAGAAAAAAUUAUUGAAUCAAAAAUAGAUAAUCAAGAAGAACAACAACAAAAAGAUAAUAAUAAUAAACAAAAUGAAAAAAUACAUGAACAAGAUAAACCAAAAAAUAAUGAAGAACAUAAAAAGAGUGAUGUUAAAAAAUCAAAGAAAAUUAUUAAUAAAAGUCCAGUACAUGAUGUUUGUUUAUUGGAAGAAGAAAUGAAACAACGUAGAGCUGAAAGAGAUAGUCCGAAAAAAUCAUCAAAAGGUUUAGAUAAAUUUUUAGAAAAACGUGAACAUCUUGAUAAAUUAUUUAAGGCAAAGGCUGAUAAAGAAUUGGUAGAUGAUAAUAAUCAACAACAAGAACAACGUGAACAACAUGAAUUAUCAUUAAAAAAUAUUGAUAAUAAAGAAACAAUAAUUGAGGAUAAAAAUAAUCAUAUAACAACAGAUGAGCUAACAAUAUCAAAAGUUAUUGAUGAUUAUAAUGAUAAUGAAAAUAAUAAAAAUGAAAAUAUUGAUAGAAGAAAAAUUAAUAAUGAAAUUGAUGAUAAUAAAUCUCAAAAUUUAGCAGUUACUAGCAGUGAUGUUAUAAUAUUAAAUAAUGAGACUGAUAAUAAUUUUCAAAAACCACAAACAGUACAUGAAAAAGUACAAAAUAAUCCACAAAUUGAUAAGGAUAUGCAUAAAAGAAGAAAAUCAAUUAGUAGAUCAAUAUUUUCACCUCAUUAUGCUGAUAAUAAAGAUCAAAGUGUAUCUGAAUUAUUUGAUUUUGAUCAGGAUAUAUUAAAUGAUGAUAUUAAUGAUGAUGGUUUUAGUAUACCACGUGAUCCAGAAGAACGUCAAGCACCAUUAUCAUUUACAUUUAAUAAUGAAAUAUGUUUAAAAGAAUUAGUUAUGAAAAAAGCUGAUCCAGCAAAAGAAACACUUGAUUUAGUUCAAAAAUUACGUUUAGAAUUAUCAAAAAAAUCAAAUACAACUGGACAAUUUGAUAAUGAUAAUAUUAAUGAUGAUAUUUGUGAAAAAAUUGAACAACAAACAGUACAAUCUCAUUUACAAUUAUCAAUUGAUAAAACAAAUGAAAUAUUAACAAAAGAUUCAAUUAUACAAGAUUCAAAUAUUAUACAAGAGCCAAAUAAAAUUAUUGAUGAUACAAAAAUUAAUGAACCGUUAAUUAAUAAAUUGCCACAUAAUACUGAAUUAUCACCUGAUAAUAAUCAUCAUCAUCAUCAUCACCAACAACAUCAUCAGCAUCAACAGCAACAGCAACAAAUUGAACAGCAGCAAUUUCAACAACAACAACAACAACAACAACAUCUUCAUCAGCAUCACCAUCAUCAUCAACAACAACAUCAUGAACAACAACAUGAACAUGAACAACAACAGCAACAGCAACAUUAUAUACAAGAAAAAUUAAAAUCACCAAAUUAUCAAAAUAAUACCGAACAAUUAUUAACAAAUUAUCAAACCGAAAAUUUGGCACAAAGUAAAGUUGCAAUUGCUGAACGUGCUAAAUUAGAUCGUGCUGAAGCUGAUGAACGUUGGGUACCACCUAGUAUUGAGUCACAAUUUAAUCCAAAUGAUGUACAGCAUAUUAGUCAAAUUAUGGAUUCUCAAAAUCAUAGGUAUCAUCAACAAUUUACAAAUAAACAACUACCAACUGAUAACAACUGUGAUUUACUUGUACAUUCACAAAUGAAUAUGAAUUUACAAGAACAAUAUCAAAUGUAUCAACAUCGACACCAACAUCAACAACAUCAGCAACAACAACAUGCGUUGGAUCAUGAACACUCAGCUCAACAUCAAGAUACAAAUACAAUGCAAACAAUACCAAUGAUUGAACAACAGCAGCAACAACAGCAACAACAACAACAACACCCAGGCUCAAUUGUAGAUGAAAUGACAUCAAUGGAAAUGAUAAAUCGUCAUGUAGUACCAUUACCAACUCAUAAUAAUGAUGAUAUUAGAAAUAAUGAAAUUGAACGUGUUAAUGUUAAUGUCAAUGAAAAAGAUAUUUGUCAAUCUGAAUUACGAAAUGAUUAUACACAAAAUAGUUCACCAUAUAAUGAUUUAAAUAAUUUACAUCAAGAUACAAGAUGGUCUGAGAGUCAAGUAUUACCAUCAAGACGUUCAACAUCAUCAUCAAUAACAUCAGCAUCAUCAAAUGAAGAACAUACAUCAAUAAUACCACCAUAUAAAAAUUUACAAUUACCAUAUGCAUCUGGUAAUAUUGAUCCAAUACCUUAUCAUUCAGCUUAUAAUGAACAAAAUUCAUAUAAUACUGGUGGUCCAGUAUCAUUAUUUCCAUCACAAUCAUGUACAACAUCAUUACCAUAUCCAAGUCCAGGUACAGGUAUGUUUCCACCAGUAUUUAGUGGUUCAUUUGCAACAACACCACAAUCAUUAUUACCACAACAUGUUACUAAAACAAUUGAUGAUAAUAUUAAUAUGCAAUCAUCACCAUGUACUGCUGCAUUUACAUCAUCAAUUCAUAAUAUGGCAUUAACUGCAGCAAUGGUAUCACCAACAAAAAUACCAACACCACCACCACAACCACCAACAGCAACAACAAUAUUAUCAUCUUUACCACAAGUGCCACAAGAUCAUCUACCUCAACAACAAUCACAACCACAACCGCAACAGCCACAACAAAUUGUUAAUAUUGAACAAGAAUCUAAUAGAAUUGAGGCAAAUUUAAAUGUCAAUUUUAUAAAUAAAAUUACAGAUAAUCAACAUCAUCAAAAUCAUCAACAACAACAACAGCAACAGCAGCAACAACAGCAACAAGUUAUACCACCAGAGCCAAUUAUGAUUAAUGAAUCACCAGUUAUUAUUGGAGCACAAAAAACAAUACCAAGUCAACAUGGUAAAAAGAGUCCAUCAAAACCAACAAGAACAUCAGCACGUGUAACAAGUUUACAAAGUAAAUCACCAGGUAAAUCACCACGACAACAACAAGAUGUACAAAAAUCACAAACAACAAAUCGUGGUAGAGGUAAAGGUAAUAAAAAUAAUCAACAAAAUAAUCGUGGUCGUGGACGUGGUAGAGGACGUGGUAGAGGUGGACGUAAUAAUCAAUUAUCAAAUAUACAAUAUAUACAAAAUAUUAAUCAAAUACAAUCAGAUGAAUCAAUGCAAAAUAAAUUAAGUGGUACUGUUUAUGAUUUUGAUUCUGAUGAAGAUACAAUUAAUGAUAAAUUAAUAACUGAUUUAAAAACAAUGAGAGAACGUAAAAAAUCAACAGAUAUUAGUGAUAAAAUACGUGAUACAAAUAUAACAAAAGAUGGAUUAUUAUUAAAUAUACAAAAAAAUAUAAAAUCACCAAAUAAAAAUAUUGAAUUAAUAAGAAAUAAUGACGAUGAUGAUGAUGAUGAAGAGGAUGAUGAAGAUGAUGAUGUUGUUGUUGGUGGUAGUGCUGGUGCUAGUGGUGUUGGUGGUACUGCUGAUGAUGAUAAUAAUAGUAGUAUUAUUGUUAAAAAUUAUAAUGAUAUAGUUAUGCCAUUAUUACCAGGACCAGUUGAUAUGAGAACUUAUAAUUCAACAAUUGAUACACAAAUUAUAACAACAAUACCAACACCACCAAUAACAAUGACAACACCAAUAGCAAUAACAGCAACAACAACAUUAACGACAUCAACCACACAAUCAACAACAAUACAAACACCAUCAAUAAUAACAACAUUAACAACAGAAUCAACAGCAAUGUCAUUAUUAACACCAUCAGCAGCAGCAACAAUAUCAUUAAAUUCAUAUAAUUAUAAUAAUAAUAAUUUCUUAGAACCAUAUUCAAAUAUUAAAACUGAUCUUGAUGAUGAAAUUGAUGAUGUUUUAAAACAAGUUAUUAAUAAAAAAACAGAUACAAUAUUAACAACAAAAAUUAAUUCAAUUGAUAAAAAUAUAAUUGAUAUAAAUAAAACAACAAAUGUUGAUGAUGUUAUGAAAAUAUCAUUAUCUGAUUCACGUAAUCAAUUAAAAGUUAAAAUAAAAGGUCCAUUUUUAGAUGCAAAUUAUGUUGCAUCAUCAACAAUACAACAAUCAUCACAACAACAACAACAACAACAACAACAGCAGCAGCAGCAACAACAACAACCAGCAAUUAUUGUACCAUUAACACCAUCAUCAGUUGUUACAUCUGGUACAUCAAAUUUACGUAGAAUGAGAAAAAAAGAAUUAUUACGUCAAUAUUGUUCACAAGAUAUGAAUUUAGAUGAUACUGUUAUUGGUAAUAUACCAACAACACCAAUAAUACCAACAAUAACAAGACCAAUAAUAACAAUACCAAAAGCAGUUAAAUCAAUGACAUCAAUACCAACACGUGAAGAUUAUAAAGCAGUUGUUGAUGCAAAUAUGGAGAAAAAACGUAGAAAAGAACGUGGUGGUAGUGGUAAUUUACUUGAUCUUGAUGAUGAUGAUCAUCAUCUUAUUAUUGGUGGUUGUAGUAGUGCAGGUGGUACUGUUGCUGGUGGUCCUAGUGCAAAUGUUAAUAAAAAAACAAUUGGUAAUGAUAAUAAUAAUAGAAGACGUGGUAGACAACCAAGAAAUACUGGACAAGCAUCAAAAAAUGCAGCAACAGCAAAAUCUUCAACAUCAAUAUCAAUAUUAUCAACAACAACAACAACAACAACAACAUCUUCAUCAUCAUCAUCAUCAUCUUUAUUAUUAACAAAUAAUACAACACCAAAAUUAAAAAUUAAAUUUGGUGGUGGUAAUAUUAUUAGAGAUGAUAAUUUAAAUAUACAAAAUGAUGAACGUAAAAAUACACGUCCACCUAAAAAACGUUUAAGUAAUAUGCAAUCAACAAAUCAUAAUGGUGAUAUUGAAUAUAAAAGAGAAUGUAUGAAAUUUCGUAAAAGAGUUGUUGCUGAUUUUGAUAAUGAUGAAAAAACUAAAAAAGAUAAAAAUAAGAAAAAAAGUAAAAAACAUAAAGGUAAAGAUACGUAUCAAAUUAUUGGUGAUGAUAAUACAUCACAACCAAAAUUAAUAUUACGUUUAACAAAUCGUAAUACAAGUAAUAAUGAAUCAAUAAUAACAACAAUAAUAAAAACAUCAGCAACAACAACAACAACACCGUCAUCAGCAUUAACAACAGUGUCAGGUACAACAACAACAGCAGUAGCAGCAACAACAACAGCAACAACAACAGCAACAAUAUUAUCAAAAAAAAUAAUUGACAAUCCAACAAAAGUUAAUGAUACAAAUAAAGCUGGUGGUGAUACAAAUAAAGAUAGUAAAAAUAAUAAAAAUGAAUUGAUUGUUGGUGAUAAUAAAAAAUCAGUUGAUCAAAAAAAUAAUACUGGUGAUAAUGUAAGACCAGAAAAAAUAAUUCCAAUUAGAUUAAAAUUAACAAGAUGUCAUGAAGGAUAUGAACUUAAAACACCAACAAUAACAACUAUUAAUUGUGAUGAUAAUAAUGAUGGUGAUAGUGGUAAACGUAGUAGUGUUGGUGGUAGUAAUAUUGAUGGUAUACAUCAUCAUAAUAAUGAUGAUAAAGCCGGGACUAGUGAUACUGUGAAUAAAACAAUCGAACAAAUAUCAAAUGAUGGUGAUAAUAGAACUGAUAAUAUUAAUUUUAUUAAUGAUAAUGAUAAUUGUGGGGAUAAAAAAAAUUCCAAUAAUGAUGAUAUGAAAUUAAUAAGUCAAGCUGCUUCACAGACAAGUCAUAAUAGUACUUCGUCAGGAUGCACGGCAGCUCCUCUACAAGGAUGCCAAGUUAGGUGAUAAUUAAUGAUAAUUGUGUAAAUACAGUAAUUAAUAAUGGCUCUUAUUAGAUUUAAUAAUGAAAAAAUAAUUUUAUUCAAAUGAAUUUAAUGAAAAUUUAUAAUUAUCGAAAGAAAAAACAAUUGACUGAU